UUUUGAGCCUGCUUUAUAAAUAGGGGUCUGUUCUCUGUCUUCAGGACUGCUGCAAACAAGGAGGGAACCAGAAAGCGUUCAUUGACAGCCAGUUCACUCUGCACUUAUAAAAUUUACCAACUGUUAUCUUCUCCUAAGGGACUGGAAAACUCUGUUUCAGAUGGCCAACGAAGCAAGACCUUGCCCUUGUGACCUUGGAGACACAUUUGACUAUGAAGGGCAGGGACAUGAAGUUUCCGUUGAACACAUCAAAGCUUACCUGACCAAGCCUCCUCACCAUACUGACAAAGCGGUCAUAGUGAUACAUGAUGUUUUUGGAUGGCAGUUACCAAAUACAAGAUAUAUAGCUGAUAUGCUUGCAUCUAAUGGCUACAUAGCAAUUCUCCCCGACUUCUAUAGAGGACAAACAGCUUGGACACUAUCUGAUGACUGGGAUACAUUUGAUGAUUGGCUAAAAACACGAGACUCCAAAAAUACCAACAGGGAAACAGAUGUUGUCUUGAAGUAUCUGAAGGAACAAUGUCAUGCAAAGGAGAUAGGUGUCAUUGGAUUUUGCUGGGGUGGAGCUGCUGUUCAUCAUUUGAUGUUGAGAUACUCUGAAUUUAAGGCUGGUGUAUCCAUUUAUGGAGUCAUCCGGUUUCAUGAUACCAGUUGUGAACUUAAGAACCCCACGUUUUUCAUUUUUGGAGAGAAUGAUUUCUUUAUUCCUCUUGACCAAGUUGCUGAACUAGAGGACUUCCGGUUAAGAUGGCGGGGAGUUAACAGCGGAUUUUCAGAGCGGUCCGGUGAGAAAUACCAAAAUUGA